UGGAUAUGCUACGAUCUCAUUAUUUGCAGCAGAAAUUAAAUCAUUCGUAUCCCUACCAACUACCAAAUUACCCAGGGGAGGUAUCUCUUGGUAAAAUGAACGAGGAUGAAGAAAUUUUAGCUCAUUAUGGAUUAAAAAGCUUUCAUCAAGAGUACUGGACAGAGAAAAGCGAUUUAGAACUGCGAGGUCAGUCAGCUCAAUUGUCGAGUCCUUUAAACUCAGCGCAUCAUGGACGCAAUCGUUCUGACGAUGUUCUUCGAAUGAAUGGCUCAGGAUCUGAUCCUUACUAUCCCAAUAGUGUUCAUGGAAAACCUAUGACUCAUCGAGCAAUGAAAAGAAGUCAAACGAGUGCACAGCCAUCUAUGACUAUGCCAAUGUUGGAAAGAAGCAAUUAUAGCUCUCCAUCUUCAAAUUUGAAUCGCGGAUCGCCUUCUGCGACAACUGAUAUCAACGGCAAAGGACAGUCCAAAAAGCCAUCGAAUGGGUCACGCUUGCUUUUAGGACUGAUGGAGACUAACUUUAACAAAUUUAUCACAACAAAGGAGACAAUUGAUAAUGUUUAUGCACAGAUAGUAUCUACACUUGGCGAACAUGGUCAAUUAAAUACAAUGGAAAUAUGUGAGGAAAGCCUUAAUGAAGCAAUCAAAGAUUUUUACGGACUUAAUGACGAAUCUAUGAAGCAGUUGGAUGUUGAUUAUGGGAAACUUCUUGUUUUACAACAAUGUAAAGCCUUUUAUUCCCUUCCAGAAAAGUUUCAGCAGUUUUAUGAACAGGAAAAGUAUUCAAAAUUAUUGCAGGAGUACAAAAAAGCCAAAAAGCAUUAUGAAAAAGAACACGACAGAGCUUUACGAAACAAUAAAACUUUGGCUACCCUAAUGGAACAUGCUUGGCAUGUUGCUCAAUCGUCCCUUGACAGUCUUGCUUCUUCCAUAUGGAAUCGUAUCUUACAUACAGAAGGCGAUUUUUCAUAUAUUAUUGAAUCCUUAGCGGAUUUAUUAAAGAUUAAACCGAAUCCCAUAAGCGGUCGUGAUCCCGUUUUGUAUGCCAUGGUUAGCCAGCAAAAAUAUCUUUACGCAUUUAUGAAAGAGAAGUUCUCAUAUUAUGAAUCCAUCAUUAAAUCUCGACAAGAGGAAUCUGGAAAGAUCGCCUAUGCACGGGCUUCUCCUAUGCUAGUUUGGAAAGCUGUGUCUAGAGGUGGUGAUUUGGAUUAUGCUUUGAGGGGGAGACCAGAGGUAUUUGCAGGUAUGCAAUUAAUUGAAUGGGCGGAAUUUUGCGUUGGUACAAUUACCCAAGAAAUCAAAGAAAUGGAACUGUUAACUACAGAGUUUUUGGCUGGGACAAUACAAAAAGAUUAUCCGGAAGAUGCCAAACGUUAUGGUCAUGAUCCCAAACAAAUGGGAGUCAUUAUAGAAAAGCUGAAUGGUCAAUUUAUAGAGUUGCUAUAUAGUUUUGUUGGAGAACGAGGAGAGCGAUUAGAAUUGGAUGGGGCUUAUGUUUUGAUUCAGUUGCACUACUUUCAACGAGUUGCCGAUUUACUUCCGAAGAAAGCUCGCUCAAUUUUUAGCAUGUCGGCGACGCGUUCUCUCGUGGACACUUGGAUCCUACAACAUGCAUCUCAUGCACAGUCAUCGGAUCUUUCUAGCUUAUUCACUUUGAAGGGUCCUAAUAGCCAGUAUUUGAAAGCCGAAUUGCUAAUUAUCGAUAUCUUGAAGGGUUUGGAAAACUUAUAUCAAGCUCCCCAACGCGAUGAGAUUGUAAAAGAAAUUCAUGAGGCAUUCUAUAAAGUGCUGUAUACAGCAGCAUAUAUUCCACCAUUGGAUACGUCAACUACUUCAAGCUUCGCAAACUGGGAUUCUAGUAUGGAUUCUCUAAUUGACAGCUGUGUUGAAAAAACACAACAAGGCAACAUGGCUGAAUUGGCAUCCCUUACACAAAAAGCGCGAGAGAAAUUACCUAAUCUUACGUUUUCCCUCUUUAAAGAGGACAUUUUCGAAUUGGCGAGUCGUAUAUUUUCCAUUAAAGACCGUUUACCAUCUUUGCAAACGUACCUUAUCCAUAGCUUCCCAUUGAAUCAAGCAGCUCCUUCGCUAGACAACACAUUUCAUAAUUCCCUUGGGGCACUCAUGCAACUAUAUGCCCUGGUGCUUUUACAAGAGAUUAUGUCUUCGCAAUGGCUUUCAAAGCAAACUCAUGUUUCUUCAAACUCGAAUUCAAUUCAUCCGUUUACGUUUGAGCUCUGCACCCUUCUGGAAAGUGUGUAUUUAGAAGUUAAAGAAGCGUUGCCUGCCGAGGAAGCUCAUCGAUGGAUGUCCUAUGUAACAUCAAGUCUAACCAAGCUUUACCUUGUGCAGUGUACAACAGCAGCACUUCAAGACCUUCCUGUAUUAGCCCAAAUAUUGCAAAAAUGUCUGUCUACUUCCAGUAUGAGCAAGCUACAAGAAAUGCAAGGAAAAGUCUCUGUUGUCGGAACAUCAACCACUACGGAAACUAAACUUACGAAUCUACUUUCACGAUACAAUUUUCAAUUUCCGGAAAUGAGCUUUUCAUAAACAAAUUAAUAUAUUAUUACUUUACAAUCUUUCAGCAUAUAAAAGCAUUUGCAAGCAAAUACCGUAGUACCCA